AUGGUGACGCGAAAUUUAUUGAAGUUCAAUCGAGUCUCGGGAAUCUUGUCCCUGCAUCGGUCUCAGGUUUCGAUGGACAUGCAUCGUAUUCCUGUUAAAAACUUUGAAAAAGCAGUGAGUUCCCAAGCGUCACCAAAUGAAAUGACCUGUGUUCGGUGGAAAAAGCACGGUUGGACUGCAGAUUCUAUGGUGAAAGAUACAUUCAAUGAAAUCAUGAAAGGAAGUCGUUCAUUUACUAGAGCUGAGGUGCAAAGAGCUAUAAAUCAUUUUAAUGAUCUCAAGAUGAAAGCAAAAGUGCCCGAUUUCAUGGCUGUCAAGUUGGCAUCAGUUGUAACAAUUCAUCUUGGCUGGAAAGAAGGGGAAAAAGUUCUGGAAAUGCAUUACAUGACUCAUGGUGCAGAAUUAAGAUUUGCAGGAGAAGCAUCACUAAUGGAUGAACAAGUGGAAGGAGCCGUACGUCGAAUUUUUGAUAAUAUGGGCGGAGACGCAUAUGAAAUAGCUCGUCAUUUCUACUGUCGUCUUAUUGAUUUAAGGCUUUGCAAAGUGAAAGAUUGUGUUUUCAGGAUCUUCAUACUGGAUUUACUCAAAAAGUAA